AGCAAAAGAUCCUAGAACUUACCACCAGGAUCACUGAGCUGCUGAGCGGAGAGGUUCCUAUAAGGUGUCAGGAUGUCGCUGUCUAUUUCUCCAUGGAGGAGUGGAAGUAUUUAGAAGAACAUAAGGAUAUGUACAAGGACGUCAUGAUGGAGAAUCACCAGUCCCUCACAUCACCGAAUGGAUCCAGUCAGAGAAAUCCACCAGAGAGAUGUCCCAGUCCUCUGUAUUCCCAGGACUGUCCACAGGUAAAGCACAAUGUCCCACUGGAUCAUCAAGAAAGUUCAGGUGGAACGACGAGUGAGCUCAAAAAACCCGGAUCAGUGUCCGCGAAUGGUAAAAAUGGGAUGAGAGUAUACCAUAAGAAUCAUCAUUUAUCUUCCUAUAAUAAAGCAGAAGAUAGCAAUACCACACAAGCUAAUUCAAUAAGCCCUAAUGUACCCUCAGUCCUUCAUAGCGGAGAUAUAUCCAAUGAUACCGCUGGUCACAAGAAACCUUCAUCUAAUCAAUCACUGACUGGCAAAACAAGAACUAAACACAAGUGUGAAAAAAUAUUUUCAAAUGGGACACCUUUUAAGAAGAAAUCUAAUCUUUCUUUACAUGAGAGAAAUUGCAGAGAUAAAAAGUCAUUUUCAUGCUCUGAAUGUGGAAAAUCUUUUACCAGGAAAUGUAUUCUAGUUGGACAUCUGAGAACUCACACAGGGGAGAAGCCGUAUUCAUGUUCAGAAUGUGGGAAAAGUUUUAUGUUGAAAUGCUCUCGAAAGAAACAUCAGAGAACUCACACAAGAGUGAAGCCAUUUUCUUGUUCAGAAUGUCAGAAAUGUUUUGGUCAGAAAUCUGGUCUUGAGGCACAUUUAAGAAUUCAUACAGGGGAGAAGCCAUUUUCAUGUUCUGAAUGUGGUAAAUGUUUUAGUCAGAAAUCAAAUCUUGUGAAACAUCUAAAAAUCCACUUAGGGGAGAAGCCAUUUUCAUGUUCAGAAUGUCAGAAAUGUUUUACUCAGAAAUCUGUUCUUCUGAGACAUCAGAAAACUCACACAGGUGAGAAGCCAUUUUCAUGUUCAGAAUGUAGAAAAUGUUUUACCCGUUACUCACAUUUUAUUCAGCAUCUGAGAACUCACUCUGGUGAGAAGCCAUUCUCGUGUAUUGAAUGUGGAAAGUGUUUUACUUGUAAAUCAAGUCUUGUUAACCAUCAGACAAUUCACACAGGAGAGAAGCCGUUUCUGUGUCCUGAAUGUGGGAAGUGUUUUCGUAUGAAAGCAAUGCUUGUAGCACAUCAAAGAAUUCACACAGGAGAGAAGCCAUUUUUAUGCUCCGAAUGUGGAAAAUGUUUUAGUGAGAAAUCCGAUCUUGUGAAACAUCUAAGAAUCCACUUACGAGAGAAGACAUUUUCAUGUUCAGAAUGUGGGAAAUGUUUUAGUCUGAAAUCACAACUUGUUGGACAUCAGAGAACUCACACAGGGGAGAAGCCAUAUUCAUGUUCAGAAUGUCAGAAAUGUUUUAGUCAUAAAUCUGCUCUUAUGAAACAUUUAAGAAUUUGUACAGGGGAGAAGCCAUUUUCAUGUCCUGAAUGUGGUAAAUGUUUUAGUCUCAGAUCACAUCUUGUUGGACAUCAGAGAACUCACACAGGGGAGAAGCCAUUUUCAUGUUCAGAAUGUGGAAAAUGUUUUGCCCAUCAAUCAAGUUUUAUUCAGCAUCAAAUAACUCACACAGGGAAGAAGCCAUUUUCAUGUCCUGAAUGUGGUAAAUGUUUUGGUCAGAAAGGAAAUCUUGUGAAACAUCUAAAAAUCCACUUAGGGGAGAAGCCAUUUUCAUGUCCUGAAUGUGAUAAAUGUUUUGUUCGGAAAUCAAAUCUUGUGAAACAUCUAAAAAUCCACUUACGGGAGAAGCCAUUUUCAUGUUCAGAUUGUGGAAAAUGUUUUAUUCAGAAAGUUAGUCUUGUGAGACAUCUAGGAAUCCACUUAGAACAGAAGUCAUUUUCAUGUUCAGAAUGUGGGAUAUGUUUUAUUCUUGAAUCAAGUUUAACUCGGCAUCAGAGAGCUCACACAGGGGAGAAGUCUGACCUGUCUUCAAGAUAGCUCAUCAAUAUCAGAUUGGGGGGGUUUCGACACUCGAGAACCCCAACAAUCAGUUGUUUGAAGAGGCCUCCUUGCAGCUUACAAAGCACAAUGCUUUCCAUUGCAUGUGCUUGGUAUUGCAGAUUAGUCUCAUUCACUUGAAUAUGAGAGGAUAUUAAGAGCGAUCAUUCCAUAUUGUUCCUGUAAUGCUAAUGAAAUGAUAAAGCCAAAAUGACAGCCAGCAAACACGGCAUACCAGACAUACUUUGCGCAAGCCAUCACACUCUGAACACCCUUGACGCGUUUAGUUGGACCAUCAUUUAUUUUAACAGUACAAUGACCCCAAACACACCUCCAGGCUGUGUACUGGCUAUUUGACCAUGAAGGAGAGUGACGGGGUGCUGCGCCAGA